AUGGCCGCGGUGAGAGGAGAGAAAUACAACAAGGUCAAAGACAACGGAAGAAUGACCGACAAGCGUUUUGGGAGCGUCGUCUUGGACACAGAACCUCACGGAUUGGCGCAGCCAUAUGAGUCACAGAAUUUCAGCGCCGCCGAUCUUGACGCUGCCAUAAGAAAAUAUGGUCAAUGGGGAGAAACUCCCUACAAAGGCUACGGUGUCGUGGUGCAGAAGAUCAUCGGAGCAGGUCGUUUCGGAAUCAUUGCCCUCGUACACUGCCUCAGAGAGGGUGGGACCAUAGUUCCGUGCGUGUUGAAGCUGGAAAAACACAGGCAUCAUGUCCACGGGACACUUGCACGGGAGGAGUUUGCCCUAAAGAAAUUCAAAGGCGCAAAGCACAUUCUGAAAAUCUUGGACCUCACGGAGAAAGUCAAGGAGGAGAGAUUCGAUGACUCCAAGCUGUACGCGGCAGGCCAGGUUGGCCGGCAAUCAGGGCGCGGACCCGGUGACGAGGAACGGGACAAGGUGUGGCACCUCGAGAACUUCGCGCAUCAGCCCAUUCGUAACUUCAUCUUUGUCGAGCAUGCGGCUCAGGGAGAUCUGAACAUGUGGCUGAGUAAAGCCAGCCGUAGCGGGACUCGCUGGCCCGUAAGAGCGAUCUGGAUGCUUUUCAAGAGCCUUGCACAGGGACUCGCCGGAAUGGGAUAUCCUCUGCAAGAAAGCUUCGACGGAUCCCGCUCGGAAUGGGACCCUAACGAUAGCAUCGAAGAGAACCUCCCGGACGACUUCCCCAUGAGCGAGAUGUAUCAGCCCCAAUCGACGACUCACUUCGAUCUCGAGCCGAGAAAUGUCCUGGCAAGCAGCAGUAUGAUAAACGGCAGUAUGCCAGUCUUCAAGAUCGCCGAUUUCGGAUCCGUGCAGUUCUUCAGCCAGAUUGCGAUGCAUAAGCAGUACUUUGACAAGGAGCUCUUCUGGAAAUGUCGCUUCAGCGGGAAGGGCAACUACUUCGCUCCUGAACAAUUCACUAGGCAGUGGGACUUCUUGAAUGUGCAAACACACCUGGCUGACGAUAAUGCCCCCAACCCGUUCGUGGCUGAAGACGGGACCAAACCUCCACUCGCAGGUAACUACGGCAUGCACUCAAACGUCUUCCAGGUCGGUGUGAUUAUAUGGUGCGCCAUUACUCUCUGCGCGUUCCAACCCCUCACGGCCACGACGUUCACCUUGCCCAACGGCCGUGAAGUCGUUACCUGGGGGGGAGCCCUCCAGCACGAGCGGUUCAACAACGUCGAUAAGCAGCUCAAAUGUCUCGUGCAGCACUGUAUGGCAGAAGAACCCGCCAACCGUCCCUCCCUCGGCGUGCUCAUGCGCACCAUCGAGGACCGGCUUGGUGGCAACGACCUUGAGUCCGAAGUGGCCGUGGCCUACUGGGCGCAUAAUUUCUUCUCCUCGCCCCAGUCUGCCAGAAACAGCGGGCUGAAGAGGGAGUUUCCUGGCGGCGAUGGGGACGGCGACGAGGAGGAUGCCAAGAGAUACGCACCCCGGCCCAGGACCGAAGCCCAGCCCAUGAAUCAAAACGUAUUCCAGGAGCCCGCGCACGCGCUCAGCCUGCUCAACCAGCCCGUCGGUACCCAGCAAGGCGCAGUGACCCUGCAGCCCGCGGCGGCUGACUACCCGGGCCCUUUUGUUGUGAACAAUACCCCCGCCAUCGAUCCCAGGAUCCUCCAGAUCUCUCCGAGGAGACAUAUGCCACCACCGAUUCCGGCGUUCGGCGUGCAGCAGGUUGAUACCUUCACCUUCGGGGGUAACCAGAUGCAGCAGAACAUGACUGCGGCAAAUUUCCAGCCGGGCGGAUACUUCAACGUGAACGCACAGUAUGGGGAAAAUCCCUUCCAGCCGCCGAUGCAGCAACAACAACCACAACAACAGAUGCAACAACAGCCGAUGCUGUUUGACCCGAUGCUGUACAUGGUCCCUUUCAACCAGCCGAUCCAACCCCAACAGAAUCAACCGCAACAGCUUAGGCUGCAACCACAGCAACAGCAGUCCUUUGGGGCGGAUCAAAACCAAGGGCUGCCCGAAGGUGAUCUUUGGUAA